AUUGCGGCAGUCGGGAGGUCAUCCGCUGGGUUCUAGGCUCUUCCAGGGCCCCAGUUGCUGCGAGCAUUCAUUGCGUUCUGCCGUCAUCCUCGUUGUCGUUGCACUUCUCAUCGCCAUUAUCCGCCUCGCCGCUGUUGUUGUUUACGGCCGGAGUCAGGUUUGGCUUACGAUAGUGGGGGUAUUACAUUUGAAGAAGUCGUUACCAUUUCUGCAGCACUUCUGGUCUUCUAUGCAAUAUGGCGGGCGAUCGGCCUCGCGUCUGGUUUGACAUCUCUAUAGAUGGGUACGCCAUUGGCCGGAUGGUUUUCGAGCUGUAUUCGGAUAUCGUCCCCAAGACUGCCGAAAAUUUCCGAUGUCUCUGCACUGGUGAGAAGGGGCGUGGUCGUUCGGGGAAGAAGCUCACGUAUAUGUCCUCGCAUUUUCACCGUAUCAUCCCUGGCUUCAUGUGCCAGGGUGGUGACUUUACGGAGGGAAAUGGGCGAGGCGGUGAGUCAAUAUAUGGUGGCAAGUUUGCGGAUGAGAGCUUCAAGGUGGAACAUACGAAGCCGGGGCUUUUAUCAAUGGCGAAUUCGGGGCCGAACACGAACGGCUCACAGUUCUUCAUCACGACAAGGAAGACGCCUCAUCUUGACGGGAAGCACGUCGUUUUCGGCGAGUUGGUUGAGGGCAUGAAGGUGUUGCAGGAGAUGGAGAAGGAGGGCUCGCCGACUGGCAAGCCAACUGGUAAAGUAACGAUUCGUGAUUGCAACCAGAUCGGUGCUCAGGUGAAAGGCCCGACUGCUGCUCACGAGUCCGCACCCGCCAAGCGCAUGGGGGACUGCGCAGAAGGCGAGGUGCGGGUGCUUCACGUUCUGCGGAAGCACAAAGACUGUCGCAAGCCAUCCUCUGCGCGACAGAAAGCGAUCACAUGCACGGUCGAGGAGGCGAUGCUCUUCUUGGAAGAGCUGCGCGAGGGCUUGUCCACGUCUGGGCACGACUUCGACAUGCUCCUCGACAAGUUCGGGGAGGCCGCCCAGAAACAUUCGGAUUGCGGAUCUGCAAAGAAGAGAGGAGACCUCGGCUGUUUCGGCCGCGGCAGGAUGCAGAAGGCCUUCGAGGACGCAUCAUUUGCGCUGCAGGUUGGCGCCAUAUCGACGCCGAUCGUGACAGAGUCUGGAGUGCAUCUGAUCUUCCGAGUGCAGUGACGCCUGGGAAUGCGAUGCCGCCGCCUGGAGUCUCUUCUAUUCGCAGCACCGUGUGGAUCCGCGCAGAGUCAUGUUACAUGCAUACAA